UGAUUUCAUAAAUAUAUUAAUUAUGGCUUCUGUCACAUCAGGACCACCAGUUUUGACACCUCACAUGCGCCAAGCUUUGUCAAACUUAUCCAACAAACUCUUCAUGCAGGGAAAUUCAAAAUAUGACAAUUUCACAUCUCAAUUACCAGGAAAUGAAAUUCUGACAAAUCUACCCCUUCAAAUGACAAUGUAUUUCAAUGUCUAUCUCUUUCCAUUCUGGUUCACAACUUACUGUGUUAUGCUUGGAGUAAAGUAUUCUUAUCUUGGAGGCACAUUUAAAGUUAUAUUAAUUGCUAUGUUGAUUCUAUACACAUUAAUUGAAAUUGCACGAUUGUAUCUCGGAUACAUUGGAAACUUGCAAGAAAAGGUUCCCGAAUUAGCAGGAUUUCUGUUGUUGAGCGCUCCUCAAAUCGUUUUAAUUUUGAUACUCCUGGCUCAUCCAGAUGUUAUACUAUUACCAAUGGAAGGUGUUAUGCAUACCAUUUUGUUACUAAUGAUUGUCAUAGAACUCUUAAGUGGUCUCUCCACACUUUCUGCAAUGACCAGACAGCAAGCAACAAAAUUCAGAUUGCAGCAAUUUAUCGAUCUUGAAAAUAUGAACACACCUCUUGUGGAAGAGCAUAACCAACCUGAUGACGUGGGGAGGUUUCAGUGAAAAAAAAAUCUCCAGAAGAGCUUGAAUUCCAUUUUCUGAUAUAUUCAUAUGUAUAAGGCAAUUGUGAAUAUAUUUUGCAAUGAGUUGAAAUACAGGACCAUCCAGUAGUUGGGUGAAACAGCUGUCGAUUAACGAUCAUUAUCUGAUCUUAAAAUGUUUUGACAUGGGUGGACACUUCAUCUUAUAUCUAUUUUUCAAAAAAAAAAAGAAUAUUAUAAAAGAACUAU